AUGCUCACUUUUCAGGUUCUGUGCUCCUUGGCAAUUUUCGGUAUUGGUGUCGGUCGUAUGCUGGAAGGCGCAAAAUGGGCGAUUGGAGUCGAGUUAGCCUACGCGCUUCUGGUGAUGGUCGCCGGACUGUCGGGAAUUUAUGCUGUGCGGCAACGAAGCUAUGCAGCUGCUACUCUCGUAUUUUGUCUAACAGCAUUCAGUGCUAUACUUGCAAUACCGCCAUUCAUCAUGGGCCUUUUCCCAACAAUACCAUGGGCAUUCACAGAAACUGCUCCAGCGACAUGGAUAAACAAACGAGAACCAUUGGAGUUGGAUUUCGGACUCAGCCUUGUCAUUCUCAUUCAGGUUAACUUCAACUAUGAGCUAUUUUUUAGCGUUCUUGAAAGCUUCAGAAGCCGAAUUCAAACCUGA